CAACAGAGUUUGAUGCUCAGAACACUUCAACGUACUGCUGUUAUUGCUCUAUUGAUUGUUUCUUCACCGUAUAGGUAUUUUUUUAUGGUUAGAAAGUUUUUGUUAACUUGGACCAGCAAAAUCCAAUGGAUAUGAUGAAGAUUAAUAUGAAAGAGUGUCGUGUUGUGAUGCACAAGCUCUCUGAAGAUGCCGUCAGCAGGGGCUGGCAUGCUGAGCUCAACCGCAUGCAGAAGCUUCUGAUUCUUGGCCAACCCGAGUCCGAUGCAACAGGCGCCAGUGGCUCAUCUUCUACCCGACCAUUUUCGGCAAUUUACGUCAAAGAAGAGGCUGGCUGCGAGGAGGAGGCAAUAACUAUCAAGAAUGAACCGAUUGAGACGGAAGAAUACGGGGCUUGUCCCGAUGCACCUGCCAGUCAUGGGUGUGGUGGUCGACCAGCUCGACCUCCCCCAGCCUCUGGACCCUGCAAGGGGGAAGCUCAAAUUGAAGCUCGUGAUGCACACCCAGUCAACCAACCCGCCUCGCCCAACUCUGCCGUGCCUGGAACAGUAGCGUGCGUGGGAAGCGGGCAACCCUCGCCUGCAUUAGCUCCAGAAGACGUCGUUGGCCCCGGCGACGUCGUCUCCAAAGCCUCUAGUUCCAAGCCGAGCAACAAGUGGCUGCGACACAUUUGCUCUGAUUGCGAAUUUCGUUGCACAAAAAAACGUAAGCUUGAGCAACACAUUCGUUCUAAACAUUCCCGCGAAAUGCCUUAUCGGUGCCCUGAAUGCAAAUUAGCUUGCUCCAAUGAACAAAAUCUCAAAAACCUCUACAAUGCUCAGAGUGUAAAUAUUCCUGUGUCACUAGAAACAAUAUGA